AGAACGUUCUUUGCUCCUCCGCCUGUCGCCCACAUCAUCAUCAUCAUCAUCAUCAUCAUCAUCAGCCGCAGCAGCAGCAGCUGAAGCAUCACCGGCAGCAGGAUCAGUGUGAUGAGGCAGCGGAGGAGGGAGACCCUUCUGCUCUGAGACUCUGGAUCAGCCCGCAGACAGGAUGGCUGAUGUUAUGAACUCUUUGGAGCCUGGGACGGAGGACUUCAGCACAGGAGGAGCUGCAGGAGAUCAGGACUCAAUCUUCCCAGAAACACACGAGAGGUUUCCGAAGCUGUCCAAGAGGCUUCCCUCCAUUGUGGUGGAGCCAAUGGAUGCGGCUGAGGUGGAGAGCGGCGAGCUCCGCUGGCCACCAGACGAUCCCGGAUCCCCAGACGCCCAAAGUGAGAGACGGAGAGCUGGCGAUCAAACCGCAGGUGAGGAGAAGUCAAAUGCCGGAGAGAAUGAAGAGGCUUCAGGCGUAGAGAUGCAGGAGUCAAACUGAACCAAACCGCAUGAAAUACACUGUUACUCUACAGAGCUGACUAGCAGAGAGCCUCAUGAGGACAGAACCUAACAGGAAGGUGAAAUACGGCAGGUCGGCUGACAAGCAGAUUUUUAAACGACAGCCUGUGGGGUCUGGAGCCAGAGUUGAGUCACUUUUUGUUCUUAUUUAGGUUUUACGGAUUAAAAGAUUUUAUUUCUGGGGAACCAAUAUAUUGUUUAUCUAGUUUCCAUUACUCUGCUUAAAAGUAGGUAGACUGUAAAGUUGUUUGCUUCACAAUGAUAAUAUAUAUAUAUAAAAAAAGGCAAUAACUCCAGGCAGCAAUAAAUACAAAGAUGUUUCUUCUAAUUAGACUUUUGCUAUUUGUACAUAUUUGUAGUUUAAAUUUGAAUCCUCUUUCCUCUGGCUCCAAGCCCUCUUCGUCCAGAUGCACAUCAUCAUCAUCAUCCUCAGCACAUCUGGCGAGGGCGGAUGUCUCUAAAUGCUUUAUGAAGUAUUUAGCUCUUGUGUGCCAUAUUAUUACUUAUGGUAGCUGCUGUAUUUUGUGCAGUUUUACACUCUUUAGAUAAAAACAAAAGUCGUUGUCGCGUGCUGACUGCUGUGGUAAAAAACAUGGUGAUUUUGGUCUCACUAUCCACUUUGAAUGAUAGCUUUGAAGAUAAAUAUGUAUCUUUUAUUUGAUGUUAUGCCAUUCUGUAAUAAAUUAUAUAUGUAAA